ACUGACUUGCGCAUUGGGGGUCAGAGGACAGCGAGAUUCUCGCCCUGAGCAACAGCCUGACGUUGGCGGAAGGAAGCAGGCACAGGCUCCGUGAGGAGGCAAGGUUCUGAGGAGACAGGCCGACAAGGAGGACUGGAGGCCCCGGAGCAGCACUAGCUCCUGCCCACACUCCUACCUGCUGCCCUGACCAGAGUCAUCAUGCCACUUGAGCAGAGGAGUCAGCACUGCAAGCCUGAGGAAGGCCUUGAGGCCCAAGGAGAGGCCCUGGGCUUGGUGGGUGCGCAGGCUUCUGCUACUGAGGAGCAGGAGACUGCCUCCUCCUCCUCUACUCUAGUGGAAGUCACCCUGGGGGAGCUGCCUGCUGCCGAGUCACCAAGUCCUCCCCACAGUCCUCAGGGAGCCUCCACCCUCCCCACUACCAUCAACUAUAGUCUCUGGAGUCAAUCCGAUGAGGGCUCCAGCAACGAAGAACAGGAGGGGCCAAGCACCUUUCCUGACCUGGAGACCAGCUUCCAAGUAGCACUCAGUAGGAAGAUGGCUGAGUUGGUUCAUUUUCUGCUCCUCAAGUAUCAAGCCAGGGAGCCGGUCACAAAGGCAGAAAUGCUGGAGAGUCUCAUCAGAAAUUACCAGGACUUCUUUCCUGUGAUCUUCAGCAAAGCCUCCGAGUACCUGCAGCUGGUCUUUGGCAUCGAGGUGGUGGAAGUGGUCCCCAUCGGCCACUUGUACAUCCUUGUCACCUGCCUGGGCCUCUCCUACGAUGGCCUGCUGGGCGACAAUCAGAUCAUGCCCAAGACAGGCCUCCUGAUAAUCGUCCUGGCCAUAAUCGCAAUAGAGGGCGACUGUGCCCCUGAGGAGAAAAUCUGGGAGGAGCUGAGUGUGUUGGAGGCAUCUGAUGGGAGGGAGGACAGUGUCUUUGCCCAUCCCAGGAAGCUGCUCACCCAAGAUCUGGUGCAGGAAAACUACCUGGAGUACCGGCAGGUGCCCGGCAGUGAUCCUGCGUGCUACGAGUUCCUGUGGGGUCCAAGGGCCCUCAUUGAAACCAGCUACGUGAAAGUCCUACACCAUUUGCUAAAGAUCAGUGGAGGACCUCACAUUUCCUACCCACCCCUGCAUGAAUGGGCUUUUAGAGAGGGGGAAGAGUGAGUCUGAGCACGAGUUGCAGCCAGGGCCAGUGGGAGGGAGUCUGGGCCAGUGCACCUUCCAGGGCCCCAUCCAUUAGUUUCCACUGCCUUGUGUGACAUGAGGCCCAUUCUUCACUCUUUGAAGAGAGCAGUCAGUAUUGUUAGUAGUGAGUUUCUGUUCUGUUGGAUGACUUUGAGAUUUAUCUUUGUUUCCUGUUGGAAUUGUUCAAAUGUUCCUUUUAAUGGAUGGUUGAAUGAACUUCAGCAUCCAAGUUUAUGAAUGACAGUAGUCACACAUAGUGCUGUUUAUAUAGUUUAGGAGUAAGAGUCCUGUUUUUUAUUCAGAUUGGGAAAUCCAUUCCAUUUUGUGAAUUGUGACAUAAUAACAGCAGCGGAAAAAGUAUGUGCUUAGAAUUGUGAAAGAAUUAGCAGUAAAAUACAUGAGAUAAAGACCUCAAGAAGUUAAAAGAUACUUAAUUCUUGCCUUAUACCUCACUCUAUUCUGUAAAUUUGAAAAAAAAAAACAUGGAUACCUGGAUAUCCUUGGCUUCUUUGAGAAUUUAAGAGAAAUUAAAUCUGAAUAAAUAAUCCUUCCUGUUCACUGGCUCAUUUAUUUUCCAUUCACUCAGCAUCUGCUCUGUGGAAGGCUCUGCGUUAGUAGUGGGGAUGCUAAGGUAAGCAAGACUCACGCCUACCCGUAGCGUUGUAGAGCCUAGGACCUGCAGUCAUAUAAUUAAGGUGGCAAGAAGUCCUGUAAGAUGUAGAGGAAAUAUAAGAGAAGGGUGAGGGUGUGGGGUUCCAGGAGAGAGUUGUGGAGUGUAAAUGCCCUGAGCUGGGGCAUUUUGGACUUUGGGAACCUGCAGUUCCUUCUGAAGGAGCUGACUCUGAUGAAGCUGGAUGGGUCCAGGGCCCACAGAUUCUCAGUGAAUGAGAGAAAAGCCUGGAAUGGAAAGCAACUCUGAGUAGUUUAUUUCGGAUGGGGGAUGAAGAGAGAGGAAUCUCCACCUGGGGCUGGAAUGGAAGGUGUCCUGUGCUUUUGUCCCACUGCUAUUGAACACAACCCAAGAUCUAGGUGAUGAAAAUCUAUCUAUCUGCAAGGGUUUCCUGAGCGAUAAGGCUGAAUUUCCUGGAAGGGUGACCCAGAAGCCCCUGGCCAGGUGCUUUUCUGCCGCGCAAGGAGAACCAGAGCUGACUCUAUUAAAAAGGCAUUCUAACUAGGUUAUCUCAAGUGCAAUUUGACCAAUUGUAGGCAUGGGCCAGAUUUUGGAUGGUAACAAAAUGGAUGAAAACAGUGGUUUGGGUGGGAAAGCAGCUGGGAGAGAUGGAAGGAAUUGGUCUUUGACACACAUUCUAGGAGUUUUGAGUUGCACCUGGCUGGGCAAAACUCCCGCACACACAAAGUUUGAAGUGCAUUCUCUAAGAGGAAAUACUUAACUGAAUUUUACAGGUGAAGCUUCCUUUUUGGUCUAAUUAUCCCAUGUCCUAUUGAGCUGUAUAUUCUCUGAUGACUCCUGGAGAACAACAACAACAACAACAAAGUCACAGAGUGCUAGUGCCUAGGCUUUAAAAAUAUUAGAAAUAACAGCCAUCGGCCAUUUGUUAAACUUCUAAUUUCCACCAGGCCCGGAGUUUCUGUUGCUCCACAUCUUCACUGGCAAUUGGUCUUGGUUUUGUUUUCUUUGUUUUGCUUUUUUAUGGGUUUGGACAUUCUAAUAGGUGUGUAGUGGUAUCUCACUUUAGUACACAAUUACCUAAUGCCAAAGGACACUCAGUAUUUUAUUAUGCUUAUUUGCCCUGUGUGUAUCUUCUUUUGUGUAGAUUGUGUUCAGAUCUUUGACUAUUUUCAUUUUUUCUAUCAUUGAGCUUUAAGAAUUCGUAUAUAUUGUAGAGACAAGUUCUUUAUCACAUAUGUGUACCGCAGAUGUUUUCUGCUAGUCUGUGGCUUCUGUUUUCAUUCUCUUAACAUUGUCCUUUGAAGAGCAUAAGAUUUUUAUUUUAAUAAAAUCAACUUGGCAAAUUUUUCUUUCCUCGAUCAUGCUUUUGGUGUUGAAUUUAAAAACUCAUCACCAAACUCAAAGUUAUGUGGAUUUUCUCUUAUGUUUUCUUAUAGAGGUUGUAUAGUUCUUGUAUUUUUAAUCAGGUCUAUGAUGUAUUGAGUUAAUUUUCUUGCAAUAUGUAAGGAUAUGUCUAGGUUAUUAUAAUUUGUGUAUAGGUGUCUAAUUGUUCAGGCACCUUUUGUUGGCAAACCUGUACUUUCACCAUUAUUGCCUUUGUUGUGAAUCACCUGACUAUAUGUGUGCAGGUCUAUUUCUGAGCUCUAUUCUGUUUUAUUAAUCUAUGUGUCUAUUCUUUGCUAAUGCUUAUGUCCUCCACCAAAUUCAUAUUUUGAAACCCUCAACCCCAGGGUGUCAGUAUUUGGAGAUGAGGCUUCUAAGGUAGUAAUUAAUGUUAAAAGAGGCCAUAAGGGUGGGAGCUUGAUCCCACAGAAUUAGUGUGAUUAUAAGAAGGGAGAAGAAACAGAAGAAAGUACUUUUGUGCCUGCAUGACCCCUCUCUCUCUUUUUCUUUCUCUCUCUCUCUUCCUCUCUCUCUCUCUGCACAUGCACAGAGGAAAGGCCAAGAACGGACAAAUUAAUAAAGGGCCAUCUACAAGCCAGGAAUAAGGCCAUCACCAGAAGACAACCCCGCCAGUCCUUGAUCUGGGACUUCCACACUUCAAAACUGAAAAAAGAUAAAUUUCUGUUGUUUCAGCUACUCGGUCAAUGGCAUUUUGUUAUGGCAGCCUAAGCUAAGA